AUUUCUCACUGCAGAGAUUUUCAAGGGAGAAGGCGGAGCUGUCAAAGUUUUCUGUCUAAGUCUAGACAAGUUCUGUAUGAAGUCGCUACCUUGAAUGACACGUUUCGAACAUAACUAAUUAAAUCGAAUACGGUGGUAGCAUGGAAUAACGAGUUUCCUUUUCGUGACGACACGACUGAUGAAAUAAGUUAUGGCAAAACUAAAUGAGAUUGGAAUCGUUGUAACCUUACUAGUUUCCUUUGGUUGCUGCGCUACGCCGGAAAAGAAAGUAUGCCAAGGUUCCAACAACAAACUGACGCUGUUGGGCACAAUUGAAGAUCACUACCAAAACCUGGUGAAGAUGUAUAGCAACUGCACCGUAGUCCUGGAGAACCUGGAAAUCACGUACACCACGGACAAGCAUGACCUGUCCUUCCUAAAGAAUAUUCAGGAGGUGGGAGGCUAUGUUCUGAUUGCCAUCAACGAGGCUAGCAAGAUACCGCUUGAUAACCUGCGUAUCAUCCGAGGCCAUACCCUCUACAAUGGCAUGUAUGGUCUGGCAGUGCUGUCCAAUUUUAACAAGACCGCCGGCACAGGAACGAGGGAGCUGCGCCUAAGAAGCCUCACAGAAAUUAUCAAGGGAGGUGUGAAGUUCUCCCACAACUAUCUCUGCUAUGUGGACACGAUACAGUGGGCAGACAUUGUCAACAUGAAAAGCAAUCCCAGGAUGGAGUAUCCAGCUCAGAGGAAGGACAAAAACUGUAAAAAGUGUGAUCCAGGCUGCUACAAUGGAUCUUGCUGGGCUCCAGGUCCACAAAACUGCCAGAUCUUAACCAAGGUGAUUUGUGCGGAGCAGUGCUCAGGCCGCUGUAAGGGGCCCAGGCCCAAUGACUGCUGUAACGAGUACUGCGCCGCGGGCUGCGUUGGACCCCGACCCACCGACUGCCUGGCUUGCAGACAUUUCUCAGACGAGGGGACGUGCAAGGACUCCUGCCCCAGCCCCAUCAUCUACGACAGUAAUCUGCACCAGCUGGUCCCCAACCCGAAGGGGAAGUACAGCUUCGGAGCCACCUGCGUGAAAAAAUGCCCACAUAACUAUGUCGUGACGGACCAUGGAGCAUGUGUGCGAACGUGCAGCUCCACACACUACGAGGCAGAUGAAGGAGGCGCCAGGAAGUGUAAGCCCUGUGACGGCUUGUGUCCCAAAGUUUGCCAUGGCCUCGGAAUGGGAAAGCUGAAAGACAUCUUGUCGAUAAAUGCCAGCAACAUUGACUCCUUUCAAAACUGCACCAAAAUAAAUGGAGAUGUGGCGAUACUCUACACCACAAUUUACGGAGACCCACAUACAAAUACACCAAAGUUGGAUCCUGUCAAGCUUAGCAUGUUUGAGUCAGUUAGAGAAAUCACUGGGUACUUGUUGAUCCAGGAGUGGCCCGAUAGUAUGACCUCCUUAAGCCCCUUUAAAAACCUACAGGUGAUCCGUGGGCGAACAAAGAAACAGGGGGUGGUGAGUUUCGCUGUCAUCAACACCAAGAUAACUCACCUGGGCCUGCACUCCCUGAGUGAGAUCAGCGACGGCGAGGUGAUCAUCAUGAGGAACGGAAACCUCUGCUACACCAGCACAGAGCACUGGAGGCGUCUGUUCGACCUGGACUCGCAGAAAGUCAACAUGAGAGACAACAAAAGGCCGGAGAUAUGUGUCACAGAGAACAGCGUGUGUGACGAGAUGUGCACGGCCGAGGGUUGCUGGGGUCCGGGGCCGGACAUGUGCUUCUCCUGCCUGCACGUGAUCCGUGACGGGCACUGCGUCGCCUCCUGCAACCUGCUGGAGGGAGAACCACGGGAAUCUGAGGUGAACAGGACUUGUUUGCAGUGUGACUCGGAGUGUAGGCCUCUGAACGGGUCCCUGACCUGCACUGGACCCGGUACUGACCAGUGUAUGGAAUGUGCCAACUUUAAAGACGGCAUUCACUGUGUCCAGCGGUGUCCUCGUGGUGUGCCCACAGAAGAUGGCUCCAGCAUUUGGAAAUUCGCUGACACAGAAGGGGUGUGUCAGCCAUGCCACAAUAACUGCACCCAAGGAUGUACAGGUCCAAAGCUGAAAGACUGCAAAGACUACAGAAUCCACUCCAGCCUGUCGAUGGUGGCCGCCGGGGUGGUCGGUGGCUUGCUGGCGUCUGUCAUUCUGGCACUGGCUGUGUUUGUGGUUCUGCGCAGACGCCACAUCAAGAGGAAGAGAACACUCCGCCGACUGCUGCAGGAGAGAGAGUUAGUGGAGCCCCUGACACCUAGUGGAGAGACGCCCAACCAGGCUUUGCUGCGAAUCCUCAAAGAGACUGAGUUCAAGAAAAUCAAAGUGCUUGGGUCAGGAGCUUUUGGUACUGUGUAUAAGGGUCUGUGGGUUCCUGAGGGGGAGGGUGUGAAGAUUCCGGUUGCCAUCAAAGUCUUACGAGAGGCCACUUCCCCCAAGGCCAACAAGGAGAUCUUGGAUGAGGCGUAUGUGAUGGCCAGCGUGGAGCACCCCCACGUGUGCCGGCUGCUGGGUAUCUGCCUGACCUCGACGGUGCAGCUCAUCACCCAGCUCAUGCCCUACGGCUGCCUGCUGGACUACGUCAAGGAGCACAAGGACAACAUCGGCUCCCAGUACCUGCUCAACUGGUGCGUGCAGAUCGCCAAGGGAAUGAACUAUCUUGAGGACCGUCACUUGGUUCACCGUGACUUGGCAGCAAGAAAUGUCUUGGUGAAGACCCCACAGCAUGUCAAGAUCACAGACUUUGGCCUGGCCAAGCUCCUUAAUGCGGAUGAGAAAGAGUACCAUGCAGAUGGAGGAAAGGUUCCCAUAAAAUGGAUGGCUCUUGAGUCCAUACUUCAUAGGACCUACACUCACCAGAGUGAUGUUUGGAGCUACGGUGUGACGGUGUGGGAGCUUAUGACCUUCGGGACCAAGCCCUAUGACGGCAUACCGGCCAGUGAGAUUGCGGGAGUGCUGGAGAAGGGCGAGAGGUUACCCCAGCCCCCCAUCUGCACCAUUGAUGUCUACAUGAUCAUGGUGAAAUGCUGGAUGAUUGAUGCCGACAGCAGGCCGCGCUUCAGGGAGCUCAUCGCCGAGUUCACCAAGAUGGCCCGGGACCCCUCGCGCUACCUGGUCAUUCAGGGGGAUGAUCGGAUGCAUCUGCCCAGUCCCAACGAUGGCAAGUACUACCGCAGCCUGAUCAGCGGCGUGGACAUGGAGGACGCUGUGGACGCAGACGAGUACCUGGUACCCAACCGCAGCUUCUUCAGCAGCCCCUGCACCUCCCGCACCCAGCUCCUGCACUCCGUGAGCCUGAACAGCAGCAUUGAGACGUGCCACAACAGGAAUGGGCAUGCCUUGCCAGCCAGGGAGAACAGCCUGGUGUUGCGUUACAUCCCCGACCCCACCGACCGAUUCCUGGAUGGAGACUUCCAGCCGGCUCCAGAAUAUAUGAACCAGAAUGGUGGCAGCACGUCAGACAUGGCCAACCCAAACUACCAGCACCCGGGGCCCCCUCGCAGCGUCCACUCCAUAGAGGCACUCGACGAGACAGAGGAGGAGUAUCUCAACUGCUUCAAGGAGCCAGCAGGGGCCACCACCACCACCACCACCACCACCCCCGUGGCCCCUGAGUAUCUCAACACCUCCCAGAACGGCCUGCUCUCUCUCUCCUCCAGUAGCAGCGCCCUCAUUGGCCAGUCGCAGUUUAACCCGCAGAACAGCAUGGACAACCCAGACUACCAGCAGGACUUCUUCCCGCUGGCGGUCAAGCCCAAGCUGAACGGACAUCAUCUCCCCGCGGCUGAGAACGUAGAGUACCUGGGCUUAGCCGGCCCCCUGGAGGUCCACUAGCGCCAUGCCGCGCUCUCUCUCACAGAUGGACGGGGGAAGAACAAGCAUGUGGCUUGGCUCCCAGAUUUUGUGGGGAAAUGACUGGUCUGGAUAUAAUGCUGGUGGCUGUCCAGAGCCUGCUCGGACUGGGCACGCCAAGACGUUGGUUCACCAGACUUUGUGAAGGAGGAGGAGCCUUGCUUUCUUUGAAUGCUGACCAGUGCUUCGGUGAACUAGCGAAACUUCUCUGUACGACUCCGACUUGUUGCCACACAAAGACCAUGAACUUGUGUUCCAGGAUGCUGAUGGUCUGGUCAGUUUAGGAGUGAAACUACGGCACCCAAAGAACUUUCAGAGCUUUUGUAGCUGCACAUAAAUAUAACAUGUAUAUAGAACUCAUUGUAAUAUCUAAAUAUACACUGUUUUUCCCAGUGACCAUUCUGUUUAACUUAGUGGUGAGGCUCUAAUGACUAAAGCUGGUUGAAGAAUUCAAAUAUAUAUAUUUCACCGAUAGUUCCCUCAACUGAGUUAAAAUGAACAAAACAUGAAUUAUUCACUUCUUGAUAGUAAAGCAUAUUGUUAAAUCCUGAAGUUUAUGAUUUGUUUAGGUCAACUAAUACAGUACAUUCAGGAUUACUUAACUACCAUUAUUCAGUUCAUAAGUGAACAUUAAUAAAGCAUUAACAAACUCUGAGAAAUAUUGACAACUAUAGUUUAUAUAUUGUGAUGCAUUCAAAUGUGAGUUAAGAGAACCUUUAUAUAAAACUUGGCAGAUAUUUCUUUUCUUUACUGUGAAUGAAAAGGCCAUUUUAUUGGCAGGAGCAAGGCUCUCACAUAUCGUCGGUACUUACGUGAAAAGUCAUUGUGUAGCUGUAAAUAGAUGCUUUUUGAAUGUUGUAUAGACAAACACUAAGAUAUACAUGGUACUUGUGUAAGUCUUUGUCUGAUGCUGGAGACUUGGCAACUAUAUAAGAUCACUUCUUCAUUCAUUCUUUGUCAUUCAUUCCAACAUGAAACAAUGCAUAGGGUCAUUUACAGUAUGUGUACUUCCUUUUGCUAACUUUUUCAUAUCAAAGCCAGUAUUGAGCUCACUUCAGGUUGUCACUUUUUUUGUUAAAAAUUCAAAUUGGGCAAUGCAAGAGUCAGUUUGACAUAUGACAUAAGAAAAGAUAUGGUGCACAUUUGCAUAGUUCUGAGUUAUAGAGUUAUGCAUCCAAAAGCUCAUACAAAAGUUGUCAAUAUAUUUUUUUAAAUCCUGAUUUUAUCUGAUCAUGAACAACUGCGUCUACCCAAGCUGGAUCCAAGCAAAUCAUCAAUUUCAACAGUUUUGUUGGAACUGAGCUGAGCUGUAAUUAUUAAUUUCAAACGCGAAUUAAAAUAAAGUAUAAAGUUUUUUAUUGAA